UUCAACUUUUGCUCUGGUCGCUCUGGUUCUCCUCGUCCAGGAGUCUUGAAGAAUCUCUCUCUCGCUCUCUUACAGAAAAUCUCCCUUUCUCUUUCUCUCUCUCUCUCUUUCUCUCUCUAUCUCUCUCUCGCAGAAUCUUUUUUUUCUCUCUCUCUCUCGCAGAAUCCUUUGUUUUUUUUUCUCUCUCUCUCGCAGAAUCCCUCUCUCUCUCUUUCUCUCAUACACGCGUCAGGUACUUUUAAACACCAAAAUGUUAAAAGGUUUGCUGUUCACCAUAACGCUGGUGAUAGCCACUGCUUCUGCCUCGCACUGCCCGGCCGGCUACCAUCCCAUGCUGAGGACCUGCAUUCAGGUGGUGAUCGCAGCUGGUCCCGGCGAGUUCCCGAUCACGUGGGAGGCCGCGCGGGCAGGCUGCAAGGAACGUGGCGGUGACCUCGCUUCCCUCAGCCCUCCCGAGCUGCUUGAACACAUCUCCAGGCAUAUCGACGCCACGUAUCCAGGUCACAUUGCGGAUGACUACACUUUCUGGCUCGGAGGUCAGACGGUCGGCGCAGGCUGGAAGUGGCUUAAUGGUGACAAACUGAGCGUCAAGUCUAAUUUGUGGGUGCCCAACCUCCCUCCUAAGGCCCCAGACACGCCCCUCUACACCUUAUUGGUUCCUGCUGAUCAAGUGUAUACCAGACGAUACCUGAACGUCGGGGGUCCAUCAAGUCAGUACCCUGCUUACAUCUGCCAGGCCUCUUGAAGGGGAAGGAAUGAAGCUGAGGCAAGCAGAGGCAAGCAGAGGCAAGCAGAAGCAAGCAGAGGCAAGAUGAAUAAGGAGAGAUAGAUUGAGAUAUGAAGAUGAUCACUUGGCUUAGGGAGGAUAAAUGAAUGAGGAUUCCAUUAAAGUAUGUAUUUGUGUG